UGAGGGGGUGAGCUGAUGGCCGGCUACUGCCACCACCAACUAGUGUGUGACAAUCUAGUCCAUCGUACAGACACGGCAAUUGUUGUACCCUUAUUCUCCUGUCCUCCGAGGCUCGUGUGGCUUGAAGGAUAUUACUGAAGCCUUGGAUAUCUGCGUGGCUUUGUUGAAGAGUGGAAAUUUGUGUGCCAUGGUGUGGGUUUUGAGAUAAGUGAGGAUGGAAAUGCGUGGCGUGAGGAGAGGUUACGUGAGGGAAUGUUCUGAUGAAAGUGUCAAGGAAACUGAUAAAGUAUAGAUAAAAAAAGGAUAGUGAUAAUAAUAAUAAUAAUAAUAAUAAUAAUAAUAAUAACAGUGGUGCUACUACUGUUGGUUAAAAACAAUUAAACAAAGACAACAAACAAAACAGAUAAAACAAAACACAAAAAAAUAAAGGAAAAUAAGUACAAGGCAUUCGGUUCCCACUUCUCAUUAAAAACACAACACAAUAAAACACAGAGAGAGGGACACUACUAGUAGGAUACAGAAAACGUGAAGAGUCCGAGAAGCGAGCUACUGCAGCCCUCCAGCACACCCCCAUGCGCUAGGAGUGUCCCGGCAUGGCGUUCGCUUGGCUGUGGAGGAAAUUGAAGGGGGACGAGAGACCAGAGAGACACCACGACAGGAGACCAAGCAACGCAGGACCAAAAAACCCUACUCAUGAAGAGGCUACCCACCGCUCGGGGUCCGUGUCGGAGAAGCAUGAUGUCCUCACAGCCCAGCCCUCCUGCUCUUCCAACUCCUAUGCUGUGCCUUCUCACACACCGGGCACCCGCAAAACCAGUACUGUUUCAAUAUCUACGCUGGACACGCCUUGGGGAACACCCUGCGAGAAUCCGACGGAGGAGCGGACGGUGGUGGCCCUGAACGACUACAAGGGGCGCACGGACGAGGACCUCUCAUUCAGGAAGGGCGAGCACCUGGAGGUGCUGAAGGAGGCGUCACAGGGAUGGUGGUACGCCAGGAGCCACGUGACGGGGCUGUCAGGCUACAUCCCGGUUCCUUACGUCGCCAGACUCAAGAGCAUCGAAGCGGAGCCGUGGUUCUUCGGUGACAUCAAACGCGGGGAGUGUGAGCGCCGCCUGCUGGCCCCCGCCAACGACCACGGCUCCUUCCUCAUUCGCAAGGCGGAGUCUCGCAAGGAUGAAUACUCCCUCUCAGUUCGGGACAUGACAAAAGUGAACCACUACAGAAUUCGACCAAAGGACCACGGCGGCUUCUUCAUCUCCCGCAAAGACCCCUUCCCUUCUCUGCACGACCUGGUGGACUACUACAGCCAGGGCGCCCACGGCCUCUGUACCAGACUCAACAAGCCUUGCGUCAGAGUGGACACGCCGGAGACACAGGGGCUCUCGCACAACACCUGGGACGUGUGGGAGAUUCACAAGGACCAGGUGGAGCUGCUGAAGAAGCUUGGGUCGGGGCAGUUUGGUCAUGUGUACGAGGGGUGCUGGAACAAGACGGUGCCUGUAGCAGUGAAGACCUUGAAACCUGGCAAGAUGAACCCCCACGACUUCCUGGAGGAGGCGCAGAUCCUGAAGAACCUGCGCCACCCCAAACUGCUGCAGUUGUACGCGGUGAGCACACAUGAGGAGCCUUUCUACAUCAUUACGGAACUUAUGCGAAACGGGUCCCUGCUUGACUACUUGCGAGAUCGAUCUAGGGACCCCCUGCCGCUGAUGGACCAGGUGCACAUCGGGGCCCAAGUGGCGGAGGGCAUGCAGUACUUGGAGUGGAAGAACUACAUCCAUCGGGACCUCGCCGCCAGGAACGUCCUCGUCGGAGAGAAUUUAACGGUCAAGGUGGCUGACUUCGGCCUCUCGCGUCUGGUGCAGGAGGACGAGUACCUGGCGCAGGAGGGUGCUCGCUUCCCCAUCAAGUGGACGGCCCCCGAGGCUCUGCGCUUCAACAAAUUCACCACAAAAUCUGACGUGUGGUCGUUUGGCGUGUUGCUGAUGGAGGUGGUCACUUCGGGAGCAAUUCCCUACCCUACCAUGAACAACACAGAGGUGAUCGAGGCGCUGGAGAGAGACUAUCGCAUGCCGCGUCCCGCCAUGUGCCCCACCAAGCUGUACAACAUGAUGCUCCUCUGCUGGGCCAGGUCACCCUCCUCCAGGCCAACCUUCGAGGACCUUCACUGGCAGCUCGAUGACUUCUUUAACCUUGAGGAGGCGGAUUCUGACUACAGGGACAUUGCUUAGAGAACAAAUGAAGGAGAUACAAAGACAAGCAUUCUGAAACGCUUCGCUCUCUCAUCGCCACUGCUUUCAAAGGCCACACGGAUGAGCAGCCGAGUUCUCAAGGGUGUUUCUCCUGUUAAUAAUGCGGAAAUCUUCUUAAUCUGUCACCAGAACCGCAAAAACAACCUUGAAAACCCGUGUAACUUAUCAAAAAGGCUCUUAUUCUGAAACGCUUCGCUCUCUCAUCGCCACUGCUUUCAAAGGCCACACGGAUGAGCAGCCGAGUUCUCAAAGGUCUUUCUCCUGGUAAUAAUGCGGAAAUCUUGUUAAUCUGUUACUAGAACCGUAAAAAAAACAUCAUUAAAGAUAUGUAUAACUUCAACUAGAGCCUUUUGAUAGUGGAGAUGCGACGCAGAAGUGUUGCAGAAGGAGAGAGAGAGAGAGAGAGAGAGAGAGAGAGAGAGAGAGAGAGAGUGAGAGAGAGAGAGAGAGAGAAGUAGGGAAUUGUGGUGUUAGUAUGUUUUGUUAGUGUGUUUGUGUGUAUGUAUGUGUGUGUGGUCUUAUAAGGAUACAUGCUUUCUCUCUCUCUCUCUCUCUCUCUCUCUCUCUCUCUCUCUCUCUCUCUCUCUCUCUCUCUCUCAUAUAAUAUCAUAAUUAUGCAAAUGCUGUUUUUUUUACGAAUGAGAGAGAGAGAGAGAGAGAGAGAGAGAGAGAGAGAGAGAGAGAGAGAGAAAGAGAGAGAGAGAGAGAGAGAGAGAGUCCACACAAGUACCUAAUAUACUUUACACGUUUCUAAGACCAGAGAAAGAAAAAAAAGAUAAAUAUUUGCAACUAACCACAAUAAUGGCUGAGAGAGAGAGAGAGAGAGAGGGAGAGAGAGAGAGAGAGAGAGAGAGAGAGAGAGAGAGAGCGGAAAA